UCCUGCUGCCAGACGACUAAAUACUUUCCCUUGAACCAACAAACUAAUAUUCUUUAAAUAUACCGCAAUUGUCUCCGAGAAAUCAAGCUAAUAUGACCAGUGAAGAUGAAGCUAAACAAUUGGACACCAAUUCUGAUCCCGAUUUUGAUUCUUUGGUCGAAAAUAAAUUGAAUUCCAAGUGGAUCCUCUGCCGGCUUUGUGGAUCAAAAAUUCUUAGACCAGAAGUCGCUGAACUUGUUGACAAAAAGUUCUUUCUACCCAGUAUGCAACAGAAGACUAAAGUGUGCUUAGAUAAUCCAGAAGGAGAUGAAUUAACCAAACAUUGGAUGGUGAAAGACAUGAUGACAUUUGAAAAUGUAGGAUUUUCACACACAGUCAAAAACAUUAAAUACCUUACGUGUGCAGAUUGCGAGGUUGGACCUGUUGGAUGGCAUAAUAUUGAGGACHGUAGUACUUUCUAUAUUGCUGUAAAACGUGUCAAUUACCAAUAAUUAUUAAACAUUAUUAAGUCUAUAUUUAGAUUGUUUUUAGAUUCUGCAUGAUGGACAGGGUUGGUCUCCUUAUCCAUGCAUCUCUAAUCCAGUAGUACUUUGUUUUGUGUGCACCAACCAGAAAAUACUUGCCUGUUUGAACAGAGGGGUGCUUGAAUCCAGAAACAAAACAAAAAACAAAUGCAAGUUYUAAACACAUGACCUCUUGCUAUAGAAAUCAAUCUAUAGCAAUUUUAGUCCACUUGCCCUGAUCAAUUCCUGACUGUAGGCAUACACUAUUUCCCUCAAAACUGUUUUCUAUUUCUCAAUUUUCACACCACAAGACAUGAACAUAUGUGCAAAA